UGACAGAGAAAGAAAUAGAGAGAGGGAGAGAGAGAGUCUGCUGUGGUGGUGUUGGGAAUCGGACGGCAUGAGCUCUACAUGAAACGAGUAAAAUGCUCUAAGACGCUUUCGGCGUUUGUCUUUCAUCCUUCCGAACCAAGGACGAGCCAGAAGCGGAGCCGUUCUUCACGAUCAGGUGUAAGACUAUCUUAAACCCGAGGGGACAGAAUGCCAGAACAGAGCAACGACUAUCGUGUGGUGGUGUUCGGUGCUGGGGGAGUGGGGAAGAGCUCCCUGGUUCUGCGCUUUGUGAAAGGCACAUUCAGGGACACCUACAUCCCCACGGUGGAGGACACCUAUCGCCAGGUGAUCAGCUGUGACAAGAGCGUGUGCACCCUCCAGAUCACAGACACAACAGGCAGUCACCAGUUCCCUGCCAUGCAGCGCCUUUCCAUCUCUAAAGGCCACGCCUUCAUCCUGGUCUACUCGAUCACAAGCAGACAGUCCCUGGAGGAGCUCAAACCCAUUUACCAACAGGUCCUGGCUAUAAAGGGCAAUGUUGAGGCUAUCCCAAUCAUGCUUGUGGGAAAUAAAAGUGAUGAGACCCAGCGAGAGGUGGAAACCAAGGACGGAGAGGCCCAGGCCAACCAGUGGAAGUGCGCCUUCAUGGAGACAUCAGCUAAGACCAACCACAACGUAACCGAGCUCUUUCAAGAGCUGCUCAACCUGGACAAGAAGAGGAACAUGAGCCUCAACAUCGACGGCAAGCGCUCUGGGAAGCAAUCCCGUGCCGAGAGACUGAAGGGCAAAUGCAGCGUGAUGUAAAAUCCAAGAGAGGAAAGGAAAGGGAGGUGGAGGAGAGAGAGGGAGAUGAAAUACGGAGAAGUAAAGAAGGAGGACGCCAGACACCAAACGCAUCAUACAGAGCAACAAGGUUUUUGACGGCAGCGGGGUUCUCAUCAUCGACACGCUCCUCACAAACACAACUUACAUACAGGAAACGUUUCAGUUCGGAGCAUAAAUCCAUGCACAUCCUUAACGGGGAAACAGGUGAGUGGGAUUGAGAUGACAAGUAGUGUGUGACACAGAUGAAUACAGAAAUGGCAGGGGUGUGGACUUUGUAUCCUCCAAGUGUCACAAAAACCUGGAUGGAGCACUCUUCGAGAACUUGGGUGAGAGUACUGACCACGAAGACCAGAAGUCCAUAAAAACGCAAAAGGUUUCUGAUCAGUGCAAAAUCUUAGAUAUCUUCUCUCACUUCUGCACCUCCCUGCUCAGCUCACACUUCACCCUUCUCAUCUUUUUCAUAACCUCUAUUAUAUCGACUGUAGAGAAAUGUAAUGUACAAGUAAGCGAGUUCCAAAGCUCACUCAUCUGGUAGAGACCCUGUUGUAAGUGACUGAGGUGUCUAUCAUGCUAGUACAAAGAGGACUCAAAAGUUUGACACUGCUAGCAUGAAGCAUCACAGCAAAAAAACAGAUCACCCAGCCACACCCCCAAGGACUUUGAUGUAUAUAAAUAUGGGAUAUUUAGAUAUAUUCCAUCCAGUCUGCACAUCCUCAGCCCCAACUAGUAUAUGAUGUUGACUCAAGUUUGAUGCUCUGAAGCUCAAUUUUCAAUUGCCAUCGUCAUAUAAAAACACUUCUUUGCGCUUAUCCCCCAAAUGCUUAUGGUAAAAGGUCAUCUAUGAACCCUCGAAAUGUCCUCAUCUGAUGUGGAGAAACAUCCAGCGGCAGGGGCUUCACGCAUGCCAUUGAUACGACGCAACAAUCCUUUUAAGACUCUCAUCAAGUGUAGAAUAACUCUGGCUGAAAGGAAGCUGGACUCUCAUUAAAACAUGAAACAGAAAUACGAGUCUGCCUUGCCUACGAGGUUAAUACACUUAGAUAAUCAUUGCCAAGCUGGUAAGAUGAAAGAGAACUUUUGGUUCUGAGGAUGUCAGUUUGCUUUGGCACUUUUCAUGUGAGAGUUUCUCUUUUUGCCUUUUUUUUUUCUAGUUUUCUUUAUGAUGCUCUUAUAAAGU